UCGUUGUCAUUGCAGAUGUCACAUCAGCUGCAGCAGACACGUCGCCGUUUGGGCUCGGUUAGCGACUCGGCGCCACCGUCGGAGUCCAGUGAGGGCACCGCCUCCUCGGAGCAGCGGGACGAGCUGAUACUGCAUCCGGAUUGGUCGGCACACUCGCAAUCGUCGGCACAGCGCAGCAGCGCCCAUGGCACCACAUCGCUGUACAAUGCAUCCGAUAUCGAUGCGGACACCAUCAGCACGGACACGAGCAGCAAUACGAAUCUGUCGGAGUAUGAGCGCGGCCAGGUGGAGAGCUUCUUUGCCGGCCUGGGCACCGAGAUCUAUGUCAGCGGCGCUCUGGCCAAUCUUUAUGAGGGCACCGGCAACGAUGGCGACUGGCGUCUGGUAUUCACCGGCAUACCCGUGAUACUCCACGACAAGGGCAAUGCUAGGGCGCGAGCCAUGCCCAGGCUCACAUUGGUGCUGGCCGAGCGCGGGUCGUGCUUUGCGUUGUGGUCGGAUCGUGUCGAUAAUCUGUCGAAUUAUCGCAUAGCGGGCCCCUCGUUUCACACCAUGUGCCUGUCGAGCAAUCAUCAGCAAAUGAUUGGCUUCAGUUUCGAUUCGACGGAUGCGGCACGCGAACUCUGGCAGCAUGUGGAGCGCUUGGUCAGCGAUCCCGAGAACAUUGCACUGUCGGCGCCCGGACGCAAACAGAAGAAACAGAAGCGCGUCAAGCCGGCUCCGCUGCCGCCCAAGUCACAGAUAUCGCAUCCGUGCCAGUUCCAUCAUGUGACCAGUGUCCUCAAGGAGGAUAGCGAGCGAUACUACAGCAUGCAGGCAUUCGGGCCGGUCAAUCCGCAGCAGCAUCGUUGAUCAGGGUCGGGCGCGUGGAUCUGGAACACGAGCGCCCUCUGGUGGCAGAAUUAAAGCCCCCAUCAAAUUUACAAAAACAAAGCUCCAGUC